AAGAAAUCUGAAGGAGUGAAUCCACUGUCAACAACGUCUCACAACAUCAACAGUUUCCUUCUAUACCCCUCUACACUCUCAUCAAACUCUAUGGCCGAACUCGUGCUUUCUUCCCUCCUCCCGAUGCUCUUUGAGAAGCUGUCCGAUGCAGCUUUCAAAACUGUUGCUCGCCACAAGGGACUUGAUGCUGAGAUCAAGAAAUUGCAGAAAUCCUUAACCCAGAUCCAACUUUAUCUUACUCAUGCUUCUCAGAUGGAGAUAACUGAUCCAUCUGUUAAACAGCGACUGAAUGAUCUCCAGCAUCUGGCUUAUGACAUCGAUGACGUCCUUGAUGGUUGGGCGACUGACGCUAUGGACCUUGAGUUCAAGCAAGAGCCAGAAGGCAUCACCGGCAAGGUAAGAAAGCUAAUCACCCCAACUUGUUGCACAACUUUCUCACGGACUACUACUAUGAUUGCUGAGUUAGAUGAUAUUUCCACCAAACUACAAGAUCUAGUUAAGGAAAAAGCUGACCUUGGUUUAGAUAAUCUUGGUUUGAAAGUGGAAGAGGAAACUAGGCCAAGAACUAAUAAUAACCGAAGUUUACAAACCUCUGUUGUCAACCCAUCUAGUAUUGUUGGGCGCCAAGCUCAUAAAGAUGCACUGGUUCAACAGCUAUUGUUACCGGCUGAUGAACCAUGUGAUCAAAACUAUUGCAUUGUUCCCAUAGUUGGUAUGGGUGGGCUUGGAAAAACAACUCUAGCUGGGCUUUUGUAUAAUGAUGUACGAGUCAAGGAUCACUUCGAACUCAAGGCGUGGAUUUGCAUCUCAGAUGAGUUUGAUAUCUCUGUUAGAAGCAAAGAGAUCUUUAUUGCUUUUGGAGGUGAGGUAAAGGAGGAACAUAUAAAUUUUAAUAAACUUCAAGAAGCUCUUAGAGAUCACCUAACACAAAAAAGAUUUUUAUUGGUGUUAGAUGAUGUGUGGAGUGAGAGUCGUGAGGAUUGGGAAACCCUCGUCAGGCCCUUUUAUACAUGUUCUCCAGGAAGUAAAAUCGUAGUAACAUCAAGAAAGGAUAUAUUGCUAAAAAAGCUGGGUUACAAUUCUCUAUACAAGCAUCUGGAGAGCCUGUCAGAUGAUGAUGCUUUAUCUUUGUUUGCUCUACAUGCAUUAGGCGUAAGAAAUUUUGAUUCACAUUUGUCACUUAAACCACAUGGUGAAGGCAUUGUGAAAAAAUGUAAAAAAUUGCCGUUGGCAUUGAUCACACUUGGUACAUCACUGAGGGCAAAAAAAGAUGAAGAUUCAUGGAAGGGAGUAUUAGAAAGUGAGAUAUGGACAUCCCAAGUUGAAGGUGAAGUCAUCCCAGCCCUGAGACUUAGCUAUCAUGAUCUUUCGGCACCUUUGAAGCGGUUGUUUGCAUACUGCUCCUUAUUCCCCAAGGACUUCUUGUUUGACAAGGAGGAACUGAUUUUAUUAUGGAUGGCUGAAGGGUUUUUCCAGUCAACUCCAAGCGAUUCAACAAAAGAACCCUUGGGUCACAAAUUCUUUGACGAGUUGUUGUCAAGGUCAUUUUUUCAACAUGCACCUAAUAAUGAAUCAUUAUUUGUGAUGCAUGACCUCAUGAAUGACUUGGCGACAUCUGUUGCUACCGAGUUUUAUUUUAGGUUAGACAACGAGUCAGGGAAGAAUAUUAAGAAGAUGAAGCUAGACAAGUACCGCCAUAUGUCAUUUGUUCGUGAGGAAUAUGUAGCUUACGAGAAGCUCCAGGUACUUGAAAACGCCAAAUGUCUGAGGACAUUCUUGGCAACGUUUGUUGGGGAGGUGGAACCUUGGCGAAAAUUUUACUUAUCCAAUAAGAUUCUGACUGACUUGCUUCCUAAGUUACCAUUAUUAAGGGUUCUAAGUUUGAGCGGCUUUGAAAUAAGUGAGUUACCGGAGUCCAUUGGUACUUUGAGGCACUUGAGAUAUCUUAAUCUAUCUCAAACUCAUAUCACACAUUUACCGGAAAAGGUUUGCAAUCUUGUUAAUUUACAAACAUUGAUCCUGUUUGGUUGUGAUGAAUUAACUGAGUUGCCCAACAACUUCCUAAAUCUGAAGAACCUGCAACAUCUUGACGUUAGGGACACCCUGCUUUCAUUUCAGAUGCUGUUAGAGAUUAGCAAGUUGAAAAGCCUACAAAUUACUCUCUCGAAAAUCAAUAUCGAAAGUGAGAGCGGAAUUGAAGUAGCCAGACUUAAAGACUUUAAAAAUCUAUAUGAAAAAUUUUCCGUUGUAGGUUUGGAGAAAGUGCAAAAUGCAACCUAUGCACAUGAGGCGAACUUUUCAGAAAAGAGGCUUAGUGAGUUAGAGCUUGUAUGGGGUGAUGAGCUAAAUGAUUCUCGAAAUGACAUGCUUGAAAAAGAGGUCCUAAAUGAGCUGAAUCCUUGUCAUGAUACGUUAUUAAAACUCAAACUUAUGUCAUAUGGGGGACUGGAGUUUCCAAAGUGGGUUGGGGAUCCCUCGUUUCUUCAUUUGAAGCAUGUGUCAAUAAGUGGCUGUAAGAGAUGUACAUCAAUACCGCCACUGGGACAACUACUGUCACUGAAGGAGUUGUUAAUUGAAAGCUUAGAUGGAGUGGAAGUUGUGGGUUUUGAGUUAUUUGGGACUGGUCAAGCAUUUCCUUCACUUGAAAUUUUGAGUUUUCGUGAUAUGCGUGGAUGGAAGAAAUGGUCAGGGGCUGUGUUUCCACGCUUGCAAAAGCUUAAAAUAAAAGAUUGUCCUAAUUUGGUUGAAGUCACACUUGAGGCACUGCCUUCAUUGAAUGAUCUAAGAAUAAGUAAAUGUGAUAGUGGUGUGUUGAGAAGGUUUAUUGAAGUUGCUUCAGCAGUCACCAAGUUGGGAAUAGGAAAAAUUUCAGGGCUUAAUGAUGUGGUGUGGAGAGGUGUUAUAGAGUAUCUUGGUGCAGUUGAAGAAUUAGAGAUAUCUAAGUGUAAUGAAAUAAGAUACCUGGUGAAAUCAGAUGCAGAUGCAAGUAAGAUUCUUGUGAAGCUGAGGAAACUGGAAGUGUGGGGAUGUGAUAAUUUGGUGAGUAUAGGAGAGAAAGAAGAGGAGGAGGAUAAUUGUAGGAGCAACCUCCUAACAUCUCUUAGGAUAUUGGAUGUGUCUUAUUGUAAUAAUAUGGAGCGUUGCAGCUGUCCAGAUGGCGUUGAGGAGUUGAGUGUUGAGGGUUGUAGUUCAAUGACAGUUGUGUCCUUUCCAAAAGGAGGACAGGAGAAGCUCAAGAGACUUGCAAUAUGGAAUUGCAGGAACCUAUUGGAAAAGGAGUGGGUGUGGGGAGGACAAAAAAUGAACAACAACAGAAGCAGCAGCAUGCCGAUGCUUGAACAUGUAUAUAUAAGUGAUUGGCCAAAUCUGAAAUCAAUCAUUGAACUGAAUUGCUUGGUUCACCUCACCACAUUGAUUAUAGACAACUGUGAAAACCUUGAGUCAUUUCCAGACACUUUAACAUCGUUAAAGGAACUGGAAGUAAGUAAUUGUCCCAAAUUGGAUGUUUGCUUUCUUCCUGGUUGGGUUUGGCCUCCCAAAUUGCGUUCUUUAGGAAUAGGGAAGUUGAAGAAGCCCUUCUCCGAGUGGGGCCCACAAAGUUUUCCAACCUCACUUGUGGAACUCAGGUUAUACGGUGGUGGUGAAGAUGGAGUGAGUGGUUGUAGUGAGUUUUCUCAUCUUCUUCCUUCAUCUCUUACUUAUCUUCGAAUAGAUGGAUUUGAGAAAUUGGAAUCUAUUUCGGUGGGACUCCAACACCUCACCUCCCUCCAAUCUCUCUCUUUUGACAAUUGCCCUAAUCUGAAGAAAGUGUCUUCGCAUCCCCAACAACUCACCUCCCUCCAGCAUCUCUAUUUUCUCGAUUGCCCUAAGAUGACGGAUCUACCAGAACUGUUGUUGCCUUCACUCUUGAGUUUACACAUCAGGGGUAAUCGCCCAGAAGGUCUGAAAGAAAGAUGCAGUAAAAAGGGGAGUUACUGGCCCCUCAUCUCCCAUAUCCCCUGUAUCAACAUACUAUGAAGUUAAUAUGAAGAUCUGAUGCUGCAGCCUGGAAACGUUUUACAGCAUGGAGCAAAAAGUUAGGCUUGAUUGGAAGAUUAUGAUGCUGGCUACCUUUUUCCUUUAUCGUUUUUUGUGGAUACCUAUUAGUGAUUUGUGCAUAAAAGAACCAGUUGACUUGGAUUCUAUUUUGUUGGUAAUGGUUCAGACUGCAGAUUGUA